CAGCCGGCACGAGAGAGCUAGGUCAGGAACACAGCACACUGCUUGAACGUCUGCACCGCCUUAUCAUCUCCACCAUCAACCCACACGCCACACACGGCAUCACACAAGCGAGCGAUGGCUGGCUGCGACACGCAGACCUUCCUAUCACACCCAUUCACGUAUCGACACAGUUUCGACAGCCUAUCCCGAAACGCGUCACACCAAUCCCGAAACGCGUCACACCAGUCUGACCGAACACCACUUUCACCUUUCCCUCUCCCCUUCAGCCAGCAGCCCGCGACGCCACACACGAUGAGCAGGCCGGCCAGUGGGGGAGCAAUGACCUCGCUCGAACACACGUCUACAAACACACGCAGCCGAGCGUCACCACCACCCUCUGUCUGGGGAGUCGCGAACCCCAAUAGGUCCUCAAGCUCGGUCGCACCCACGACCCGGAUGGCCGCAUCGAGCCGAUCGAUGAUAGUGGCAGCUUCUGGCAGCCACGGGGGCCACUCCCAAUCACGAGAGUCGAGGGGGACUAAGGUGACGAGCAGCUGGCAGAUGAGCAACUCCUCGGUGAACAGGUUGGCCGGCUCAACGUCGAACACGCGACGGGCGAGGAGGGGCUGCUGACCGGUUGAUGGCUGGCUUGCUUGGAGUUGGGACUUCUUGGGAGGGAUGGAGAGCCGUUCACUGGCCACUUGUUCACAGUCCUGCAUGGCAUUGAGGAAUAGGUCGCGAUGGAGGGGGGCGGUGAGCUCACGCGGAUACGCCUGAUGCGCACCACACGAUCACACCAUUGCAGGGAUCUGUCUCCUAUGACCGAUAUGAUCUGCUUGUCUUACCGGGAUGACUUUUGUGAUGAUCAGUCUCAGGCACGAUGUCGGCUCGAACGUCCCAGACACCAUCGUGACGGCGCCGUCACCGCCCACCCCCUCCAGCGCUCCACGGCAUGCCCUGCUGAUGGCAUCCCGCACAUGAGGGACCUCAUCUUGCAGCAACGCCACCACUGCCCGCCACACGCACAAUUGAUACGCUCCCUUCUUCUCGCGCAUACAGGCGGACAGUCGGCCGAUUGCGUCCACUGCCGCCAUGCGCAGAGCGAUGUCUGACUUGGGAUCGCUGCAUCGAAGGACCCACUGGCUGAAGGGAUCCCAGAGAUCAUUCGCUUCAGCUUCAGGGUUGGUUGUGUGUAACAGGAUGCUGGCCGACGUCAGGAGCACCGCUUUCAGGACCCGUGGGUGUCUCGGGUGUCGUGCCUGGAAUGCGACCAGAAGCCUCAUCCACUCAGCAGGGUGCUGAUCGGCACCGACGUGGCCUCCUCCAGCUGCUGCCAUGACGGUCUCUGUCAGCAGCUUGCACGCCUGUAUGCCGACCUCAGUAUCGCCCUUCUGGCUCUUCAGGCUCUCCACGCAGCACACCGUCAGCGCAUCAGCCACAUCACACCCCACAGUCCCGUUCGCCGGUGCAUUAACGUUAAUCUCCCGCAUGAGCUUCCGCGCCUGUCGAAACGCCUCCCCGUGUGCGGAUGGGGGCGCAUUCAGCGACGCCAGCCGAGAGAGAAAGGCAGCAACCUGUCUGCCGGGCAAGCACGAGGGACUCUGAAGGGUCUCCAGCAGCUCAACCACGUGUACGGCAUGCAGGCCGACUCGACUUGCGGAGACCAUUAGAGGAGCCUCGCUUGAAGGGCCGAAGCUCAGCAGUGGUGGCCGCGACUCCUUUCCCAGAACCGAUUCAGCCGAGGUCUUGGCUAGUGCAGCCACUUCAGAAAGGAGUGCCGAGGAGCCUCCAUUCCUCUCUUCCAUGCUCGCCCCAAUGGCAGAGAGGAGCCGGUCAAGCACGUCCAGGGCUGUCAUCCGUAUGAGCACGGGCAGCGGACGGCUCCACAGGGCCUGUAAGGCCUCCAGCAAUAAUCGCAUCGCGCCUUCUAGAGCCUCUGUUGGAGCGCGGAGGGCGUCAGUAAUGAUCUGUUGUGCCGACGGGUGGCUGAGCAGCUCGAGCGCUGAGUGGACGCUCCCAUGCACAUGGUUGAACGACACAGAGGCGCCCAAUUGCACCGCAAGUGCAUCCGUCACUGCCUUCAGCAGCUCUGUUGCCGCAACUUCCGCCGACCCGUUCCUCAGCCUCUCUAGCGUCCAAUUCGCCAGUGCGCGGGCAGCCAGUAUGCGCACGUGUGCCGCCUUGGAUGAGAGACAGCGUUGUGUCGCCUUCAUGAUGGAGCCGACAUCCAUGUCGCCCCUGCCGUCGGCUGUGUCUUCAUGCUGGCGAUCGGUGUGUCCUCUGGUCAGAGGUCCUCGCGAGAGCAGCAGCAGGACAGCCAUCGGCCCGCCGUGCACCUCAAGGCCGAACAACUCGCCACUGAUGCCACUGCUGCCACCGCUGCCGGUGCCGUUGGUGGUGUCGCCUCUCUCCCCCCCAUCCCCGUCCAUGUGCAUGUGCGCCAGCAACAGGUCCAGUAGAUGUGGCUGCCGCCCCAGUAUCUCCUCAAGAGACCCACACUGCGUCUUGGCGGCCAUCUGCCCGGCACGCGACUCCGCCCCCGAGCAGAAAAGGAAGCCCUUCGGCGACACCUCGAUCGACUCAUUGUCAGCACUGAGCAGCCGCCUCACGAUCGUCACGUAGAGCAUGGUGCUGGCAUUCCGCACCAGCCAGCUGUCGCUCCGCAGGCCCUCCAUGGCGGCCUCCAGCGAGCCGCCCAGGAAGUCCCGUGUCGAUGAGGUGAGAUACCCGCUCAGCAGCAGCGCCCGCAGCGCGUUGAUGGCGUGCACACGGCAGGCCGCCGGACGGUCCGGCAGAGUGGCGGGGAACUCCGCGUCGAACUUCCCUGAGGUGAUCUCCAGGAGGGCUGACAUGGCCCGGGGAAGAAGGACGCUGCCGAGUGAGGGCGGCUCGCCACGCAGAAGGGCCACGAAGGCGAGGCCCAGCGAGCGUGAGCGUCUCAGUGGGGGCGGGAGGAAUGCGUCUGGGUCGAGUGUGGAGGUGGGGGCGUUGCUGCCUUGGUGGUGCCAUCUUGCGGGCGGCAGCAGCAGGUUCAGCAACGUGUCGAGCCAUGUUGACGGCAGGUGGCAGAGGUCCACCGACCCCGAACACAUGAGCUUCUGCGCCAGGGAUGUCCAUGCCGCAGCGAGCCUGUCCAUCGCCCCGGGAUGCCUCACGGCCACCAGGAGGGUCAGCAGCUGCCGACCCAGUUCAUCCAGCUCGGAGGGCGUGAGCAGCCGGGCCUCUUCUCCCCCGCCCUCGCUAUCACAGAAUGGCAUCCAAUCGAGCAGCGCCAUGAGUGUCUCCCCGACCUCCUUGACGCUCAGCCACGACCCGACCACGAGCACGUUCUCCUCGUUGACCAUGUCGAUCGCGCUUUCAUCGGCCGCCGUAUCGUCGUGUCUUGUCAUGAUGGGGUGGCCGCGGCAAUCAAUCACUCCAGGGCGGAAAGACGCACCUGACCACACACAGCACAGACACACACAGAGAGAGACGUCCAUCGUCAUCCACACACACGUGCACAUGUGAGUGUCAUGUGUCCUGCCUGACCUGUCGGCAGCACCACUGCCAGGGCGGCUGUCUCGUCUGCCGUGUGGUCGCGCCGCCUCCACCCCUCCGCCAGCAGAAGCGCAUCGGCCCCUUCUGCAAUGAUGGAGAAGACUUGCACGCACAUGCCCAAUAGCGCCUCCACCAUCCCCUUCACCAACGGCCGCCAGUCAGCAGCAGCAGCAGCCCCUCCUCUCGGCAACGACCCAAGGCACGCCCCGAGCGCUCUGACAAGACCGUGAAGCGCCAGCGAUGGGUCGCCCAUGGUAUCGUUGGGGCCGUUGUUGGCCGACAGCCGCCUUUGCCUUUGCCGGAUGCCCUCGACGACGCAUGAUAGGAAGGCAACGGCGGGGGGACCGCUGGUGAGCUGCGCUUGUGGUGGCGACGGCACACCGAGGGAGGUGUGGAGGGCCUGGAGGACCGCAUGUCUUAUGCAGGAGAGGUCCGCUGGCGAGCAUUGGUCGAGAGGACGAUGGAGUAGGUCUGCUGGGAAUGAAGGGAUGGUGGUGGGGGCUUGGAGGGAGUCGGAUGGAGCGGUGGUGUCGUAUUUGGCGAAGAGUGCGGUGAACAGAAGCUUCAUGAGGCACUCUCCGGCCGAAUAGUCCCUACGACCAACCAGCAAGAGAGAGAAGAGAACGACAAGACGACAUCCAUCCACUCACAUCACACGCUCCAUGUGUCCCUUUGUUUCCUCUUUCGCCUGGCGUCCUCACCUGCCCCUGACGCUCUGCAGCAGCAGCACGCACUCCUCCACAAAGCAAGCCACCACCCUCUCGCCACCCACCCCCACCCCCUCCCUCAAUGGCGGGAUGGGAAGCGGGCAAGGAAAGCCCCCCAGCAGCUUCAGCGCCACCUGCCUUUGCCGCUCCCAGGUGCUCGACAGACACCGUACCAACACCGCCUUGGCCUCAUGAGAAUAGAGGCCGAUAACGUUGCCCGCGCUGCACGGGCCAUAUCUGGUGCUGUGGCUGCCGGUGAGGCCGCCUCCUUGCUGCCCCCACACGUCAUGGAGGAUGGCCAGCAGGUCUAGGGCGGUGUGACACCGGUCGAAUGGCUGGCCGGGGAAGAGGAAGGACAGCAGCUGCUCGUGGAGGGACGCCAGCAGGCUGAGAGUGGUCGAGAGGUCAGAGAGGUCGGUGCCCGAGGAUGCAUGCCCAUUCAUGGCGGCUCGCAGCUCUGGCUCGCUCAUCCGCUCCAUGGCCUUGCGCACACCGUCCCUCGCGCGGCACAUGCCCUUCCGAAACGCGUUGCCGCACUGCACGCGGCCGUCGGCCGUCGACGCCUUGAGAGAAUGCCUCACCGUAUGCCGCAGCAUGAGCCCCUCAGGAACGAUGAAAGGCGUUGUGGUUCCCGGGGCGGCGACGGCCAGUUCGAGCAGCGCCUGACGGAGGCUCUCCUGCCCGCCUUGCAGGCCACACAACAGACGGUCCAGUGGGAUCUCAUAGCUGACGGGGGCGCCUUGUGCAUCUGCCCCCUCGACGCGCAGCCUCCAUGCUGCUGCUUGGGUGUGUUGCUGUUGAUGCCAUGUCGCCACGCCUCCCCGCCUGGCAACUUGCAGCAGAAUCGCUUCGGGCACGCUCCACGCUGUUGAUUCGCCCACAAUGGACCGGACUAAAGGUGCCAGGGCGGAUGGGUCUAGCUUCUCGAGCAGCGGGCCGACAGACGAUGCCACCACAGCCGCCCUGUCUUCAUCGCCAUCCCCACCAUCGGCUGUCAAGGCGGCCGCCAGCACGGGAAGGACCACAUGAAGUGGCUCACCGGCCUUGACCAGCCCCGAGAUGACCUUCUGCAGCAGCAGCCGGGCAGCUGCAGCGACGGGCUGUUCCGACAGAGAAGCCAGCAAUUGCGGAAUGAGCGACGGCAGCCACUCGAGCAGCCGAGAGGGUCCGACAUGCGGCAGCAGGGCGCAGAGAGCGAGGUACUGGGACUUCUUAGACGAAGAGGGUAGACGGAUGACCCGCUCGCACAUGAGCCGCAGGAGGGAGCUGUCUUGCUGCUGUGCGAGGGCGGCGAGCUGGUGCCGGCUGUUGAGCAUGGCGUCCCAUAUGUUGCGCGAUGCUUGCUGAGUGGGCUUGUGGGGAUGGUCCCAGUGGCUGACCAGACAGUCCAGCAGCAACUCAAUCACCCGACGGACCGACGCAGACGGAGACGGGCUUUCUUCCUCUCUGUCUUCACUCGCCUCACUCGGUGGCGGCAGCACGACACACGACAGCCACACCUGCAGGCUCUGCAGGGCGAAGUGGCGCAGCUGCCACCCUGGGGACCGCGUGUACUGGCAUAUCGCUUCAAACAGCUCCGCUUGCAACGUCCACCACUCGGCAAAACGCAGCUCCGCCCCUUGCCCCUGCUGCUGCUGCUGCUGCUGCUGCUGCCAGCACAUGGGCAGUGCGACCAUAGCGCCCCGCACGACGGCCAGGCGACCCAUUGGGCCCAGUGGCGUGGCUGAAGUGGGGGUGGGGACGGCCGGGGUGAGGGCGAGAGUCGGGAGGAUGGCGGACCGGAUGUGGGCUGCGAAGCGAGGGGCGCUGAGGGUGUGUCGCGUGGCCUGCAGGAUGGAACAGGCGAGACCGGCUUGGGCCAGCAGAUCACGGGGCAGCAGAUCCACACCUGAGCGAUCGAAUCCAUCCAGAAGAAGCAGCCUUAGUGUUAUCCAUGGGUGUGUGCGUGUGUGUUUAGUCUGCUCACCCCCCCACUCACCGAGCAUCUUGUUGAGGGCCUCUUGCAGCUGACUGACCACAUUCUCCCUCUCCACCACAUACACGAGCCCCCUGUGGUCGUGCAUGAGGUCCAACAUGGCCACCAUGACCCUCUCCUGACACGCACCGCUCGCGUCAGCCAGGCUCUGCAGACCCGCAGCGACCCCUCCACCUCCACCAUCCUCCAGUGCUGAUGCGUAUCGGUAGAUGAGGGACCCCAGGAACGUCCACACAGCGCCGAUCUGCUCGUCUGUCGCAAGCAGUAGGUCGGACAAAACGGUGUGCGUCAGAAAAAGGUCGAUCUGUGCGGCGGCUUCCGAAGCGUGUUCAGGGAUGACAGCAGCCGCAGCCCCAUCCAGGAUGUGCCCCUGUAGCCCGCGAGCAAAGUCGGUAAGAAGCUGCCUUGUUUGGUCCAUUGCCGCCCUUGCAAGCUGCGCGUCAGGCCCCUCCUCCAUUUCUCGCAGGGUCGCCCACACAGCUGUGACGUGCCGACGCAGCCUGUGGCUGUGAAGGGGCAGCACCAGGUAAAAGGCAAAGGACACGAACGCCUCCACGACGCCAUGCUCAUCAUCGGCAGAUGGUGAGCCCUUCGAGCCUUCAUGUUGUCCGAGCAAUAGAGAUGUAAGCCUCUUGAUGGCGUCCACUUGUUGCAGCACCGCAUCGCUGUCGAGAAGGGUCUGCACGUGCUGGCCCGCCUCAGGAGUCAGCUUGUGGAUGAGUUGUUGUGCGGCUGCUCGGCACGGUGCAGUGAUGGGAAAUAGCGGCGGUCCCCGCUGCUCGGAACCGUCGCGGGCAUGCGGCUUCGUCUUCUUGCGCACCAUUUUCGACAGCAGCUUGAGUCAAACUGCAUGUAACAGACGACAGAGCGUGACAGAUGAGCACUCUUCCUCAGUGAUCUAUUAUCUCGUCAGAUCUCACCUUCUUUCUGUCGCACCGAUUUCACAGCUCAGAGGGAC